GGGCUGCAGGCAGACGGGCGGGGGCAGUCGCUGACUCAAAGCUGACGGCGGAUUUUCCUCCAGGCAGCCCGGGCUCUGGCUCAGCACAUCCGUGGCUCUCGUGUCCUCAGCCUCAUGAUUCAUCCCCCAGGCGGCUCAAAAGCUCCGGCAGCCUCAGCCCCGGGCUCCAGCCCUCGCCGCCUCCUCACCCCUGCAGGCCGGCCGCGGAGAAGAUGCGGGAGCUCCGUCUGGCUCUGCGGACCCUCGUGCUGGCGCUGUGCGCGGCGGGACUCCAGGGGAACAUCUGUACCACUCGCGGGGUGAAUUCCUGCAGGCAGUGUCUGGCCGUGAGCCCGCUGUGCGCAUGGUGCUCCCAGGAGGACUUGAAGCAGGGAACCCCUCGCUGCAACCUGAAAACGAACCUCCUCCAAAAUGGCUGCACGCGGGAUUUCAUAGAGUACCCGGUCAGCAGCACGGAAAUCCUAGAGGACAAGCCGCUCAGUAACACCGGCUCUGGACAGACCGUCGCCACCCAAAUGAGCCCUCAGAAAAUUAAACUGCACCUGCGGCCAGAUGACUCCCAGAUCUUCUCCGUCCAAGUGCGCCAGGUGGAGGACUACCCAGUAGACAUCUACUACCUGAUGGACCUGUCCAAUUCCAUGAAGGACGAUCUCCACAACAUCCAGAGCCUGGGCACCAAGCUAGCCACCGAGAUGCGCAAGCUGACCAGCAACCUGCGGAUUGGCUUCGGGGCCUUUGUGGACAAGCCCAUCUCGCCGUACAUGUACAUCUCCCCGCAAGAAGCCAUCGACAACCCGUGCUACGAGAUCCACCAAACUUGCCUGCCCAUGUUCGGCUACAAGCACGUCCUGUCGCUCACGGACGAGGUGACCCGCUUCAACGAGGAGGUGCGCAAGCAGAGCGUCUCGCGGAACCGCGACGCGCCCGAAGGGGGGUUCGACGCCAUCAUCCAAGCGACAGUCUGCGACGAGAAGAUUGGCUGGAGGAACGAUGCUAGUCACCUGCUGGUGUUCACGACAGACGCCAAGACCCACAUCGCUCUGGACGGGAGGCUGGCGGGGAUCGUACAGCCCAACGACGGGCAGUGCCACAUCGACAAGGAUAAUCUCUACUCGGCCUCCACCACGCUGGACUAUCCCUCGCUGGGCCUGAUGACUGAGAAACUCUCCCAGAAAAACAUCAACUUGAUCUUUGCCGUGACGCAGGGCGUGGCCGGCCUCUACAAGAACUACAGCGAGCUGAUUCCCGGCACCACCGUGGGGACCUUGUCCAGCGACUCCAGCAACGUCCUGCAGCUCAUUCUGGAGUCCUAUGGGAAAAUCCGCUCCAAGGUGGAGCUGGAGGUGCGAGACCUGCCCGAGGAGCUGUCCCUCUCCUUCAACGCCACCUGCCUCAACGACGAGGUCAUCCAGGGACUGAAGUCCUGCGUGGGACUCAAGAUAGGAGACACGGUGAGCUUCAGCAUCGAGGCCAAGGUGCGGGGCUGCCCGCAGCAGCAGGAGAAAUCCUUCACCAUCAAGCCCGUGGGCUUCAAGGACAGCCUGACGGUGGUGGUGAACUUCGAGUGCAACUGCACCUGCGAGGAGCACGCCGAGCCCGACAGCCCCGCCUGCCACCAAGGCAACGGCACCUUCGAGUGCGGCGUGUGCCGCUGCUCCCCGGGCCGGCUGGGCUCCCGCUGCGAGUGCUCCGAGGAGGAGUACAGCCCCACGCAGCAGGACAACUGCAGCCCCAGACAGGGGCAGCCCCUGUGCAGCCAGCGGGGCGAGUGCCUCUGCGGCCAGUGCGUCUGCCACGCCAGCGGCUUCGGCAAGGUGACCGGCAAGUACUGCGAGUGCGACGACUUCUCCUGCGUCCGCUUCAAGGGCGAGAUGUGCUCGGGCCACGGGCAGUGCAGCUGCGGGGACUGCCUGUGCGACUCGGACUGGACCGGGGAGUAUUGCAACUGCACCACGCGCACCGACACCUGCAUGUCCAGCAACGGCCUGGUGUGCAGCGGGCACGGCCACUGCCAGUGCGGGAAAUGCGAGUGCACCCAGGCCGGCUCCUACGGGGACACCUGCGAGAAGUGCCCCACCUGCCCCGACGCCUGCACCAUCAAGAAGGACUGCGUGGAGUGUAAGAAGUUUGAGAGGGGGACGCUGAUGGAGCAGCAAACCUGCAGCUACACCUGCCGUGACGAGAUCGAGCUGGUGCAGGAACUCGGUGACACAGGUAAAGACGCGGUGAACUGCACCUACAAGGAUGAGGAUGACUGCGUGGUGCGGUUUCAGUAUUAUGAGGACUCCAGCGGGAAAUCCAUCCUCUACGUCAUCGAGGAGCGAGACUGCCCCAAGGGGCCGGACAUCCUGAUGGUUCUGCUCCUGGUGGCGGGGGCCAUCCUGCUCAUCGGCCUGGUCGCCCUGUUCAUCUGGAAGCUCCUGAUCACCGUCCACGACCGGCGGGAGUUCGCCAAGUUCGAGGAAGAGAGGGCCCGGGCCAAAUGGGACACGGCCAACAACCCCUUAUACAAAGGCGCCACCUCCACCUUCACGAACAUCACAUACCGCGGGAACUCGUAAGGGGGCCGCCUUCCCCGGCGCCGGCCCUGGGACCCGCUCCGCAGCAGGGACGUUUCCCGGCGCGGGCGCGUCUGUGUAAUUUAAUGACGAUCCCUCCGGCUGGCGCCUAGGACCUGGGGUCCGUGUCACUCCACUGUAUCGCAGGGCUGGGCCCCUCCAGCCACACCACCGUCCCGUCGCUACCUCGGCGUGCCUGCGGGUGGGCCCGGCCUGCCCUUCUGCACACGGAACAAGGAGCAGCCGGCCUCGCCGCAGCGGGUGAGCGGGCCGGCCGCGGGGACUGGGAGCUCCCUUCCAGAUGGGGCUGCUCGCGGCCGAGUCUGACGCAGGAUGGAUGAGAACAGGCCGGCCUCGGCCCGGCUCCCUGCCUUUCUCCAGCCAGCAAGGGAAAGCUCGGAACGGCUUGGCCAGGAGUCCCUGUGGGGCACCUUUCGCACGCGACUGGCCCCGCCUGGGCGCUGCUCCCCCUCCUGGCCCGCUAGCAAGACGCCGGACCUGCUCCCAGCCCAUCACAGGCUCCUGGCUCUGGCCUGGCUGCUUCCUAGGAAGAGAGAAACCACGCGACCCCCGAGAACGCCCUGGCCAGGCCACGUGCUGCUUCCCCCACCCUUCCCCCUGCGUUUGUACACAAAGCAGAUGAUUGUAGCAUCGGCUCUGCCAGUGCCCCUGCUGGGCCGAGGCCCCUGUGUCAGUUCUCGCCCCUGUGACACAGGGGAGCACAAGGGGCUGGGACGCCAGCUCCCCCCAGACCUGCCCCACCCCAGCCUAGAUCCACCAGGAUCUCCAGCCCACAGCAAGUAGCCUGGUGUGUCACACAGGGCCACCCCGUGCCUCGGUUUCCCCCUCUCUACCACGAUGCUGAUGCACCUUUGCCGUCCAGCGCUGGGAAGUGCUAGCUCGUGGUCAGGCAAAGAAACGAAUAAGGGGGGCUCCAGCCACUGGCCUGCGGCCAAAUGUCACUACCAGGACGUGGGACACUGGGGAAUCGGCCCCUGGGACACAACCUCUUCUCGCUCUCCCUGGAACGGCAGCCAAAGGUGGGGGAGAGCUUCCUGCCAUGGGGCUAGCGCAAGAGAGGCGGGUUCUCCUCCUGAUCCUGCCACCGGCUCCCUGCACGACCUGGACAGUGCCACGCCGGGCCUCAGUUUCCCCAUCUGCCAAGAAUGGGUCUCCUGGCCCGUACCUACCUCUGCGGGGGCGUGCAGGGCUUUGGGAGUGAAUGUUAAAGGGCUUUCAGAGCCUCAGCUGGACGGUGUUCCAGCCAGGAUACGGGAGAUUGCCCCCCAAAACC